AUGAAUUGUUUGGAUGAAAAGCUGGCGGGGAUGCAGGGUUGUAUUGGAAUGUUCCAGGAACCCUGGACAAUUAGAAAUAAAGUAAGAGGCAUCAGCCUACUGCGCGACAUGAAUGUAAUGUUUCUACCCCAAUUUUCUACGGGGGAUCUCGCGGCGAUUAGAAUGGAGGUCGAAACCACUCAAGGGAGUAAAAGCGUGGUCUUUGCCUCAGCCUAUUUGCCGUAUGAUUCAACCGACCUGCCGCCAUCUAUUGAGCUGGCAUGUCUGGUUGAAGCCUGUCAUCGGAACUCCUGGGAACUGGUCGUCGGGGCUGAUGCAAACUCACAUCACACAGCGUGGGGCAGCACGAACACCAACAGACGAGACAAGCCUACCUUCUUCAACAGAAGCAGGAAGGAAGUCAUUGACGUCACAAUAGGAACAAGUCUCAUGGCCGAACUGACCAAAAGGUGGCACGUGUCGGAAUGUCUCACCAUGUCUGAUCAUGGCAGAAUAUAUUUCGACAUUUCGGCUGAGACUGAAGGUUUAGAACCCUACCGAAAUCCGCGGAAAACAGACUGGGUAGGUAUGCUGCGGCUUCCAAGCGGUGGUUACACCACCACACCGUCAGAAGCCGCUCGCCUGCUGCUUGAAACACACUUUCCGAAUUGCGUGAUAGGUGAUCAAAAUUCGGAUAGUGCCUGUUCUGAAUCUUAUAUUGGUAGGAACAGUGAUUGGGGGAAAGCUGCAGAGAUAGUCUCACCUGAAGGCGUGGAGUGGGCACUGAGUACUUUCUCACCGUACAAAACUUCAGGUAUGGACGGUAUCACCCCGGCUAUGCUUCAGCGCGUGGCUAAGAUGAUUAUUCCAUACCUCUGUAACAUUUUUAAAGCGUGUCUUGCCACCGGUUACAUACCACACGCCUGGAGGCAAACACGAGUCGUAUUCAUACCGAAGCCGGGGAAGAGCAAUUAUGACGACCCCAAGUCCUUCAGACCGAUCAGUCUGACGUCAUUCUUGCUUAAAUCCCUGGAAAAGCUUUGUGAUAGGUACAUCAGGAGUCAAGUUCUUGUUAAGAGACAACUGUGUACUACGCAACACGCAUAUCAGAAAGGUAAAUCUACCGAGUCGGCUCUCCAUCAGUUGGUAAGCCGACUGGAGAAAUCAAUUAGUGACAAGGAAAUGGCACUCGUAGCAUUCUUGGACGUGGAAGGAGCCUUUGACAAGGUCAAUUCCAAAGCUCUACUUAAGGCUAUGAAGGACUUCGGUAUCGGGCAUACCUUGGAAAGAAUGUUAAUCAACAUAGUGAGACAUCGGACUGUGGAGGCGAGGAUUGGCGGAGCCCGCCUAAAAGCAACCGUUAGCAACGGAUGUCCUCAGGGUGGGGUCCUGUCACCCUUGCUUUGGUCUAUGGUUGUGGAUGUGACGGGGGCUAUCAAGACAGCGCCAACAGCGGCUCUUGAGGUCAUGCUAAGCCUGCCACCACUACCGCUUUAUAUAAAGGCGGAAGCGUGCUUGGCCGCUCUGAGGUUACGCUCAGCAGGAACUUGGAAGGUAGGUUGCCAUCCGGCCGGCCAUACGAGAAUCCUCGAUAAACCGGUCCGGAGGCACCCUGAACUUUUAAUGAAAGAUGAUUAUGAUAGAUGCGAAAAGCCUAUUAAAAAACGAGUUAAAGCUACAAUAUACACCAGAGCCGAGUGGAGUGAACGCGAAGGGCAGAUUAUUGAACCCGGAGCCGUUACUCUGUUUACAGAUGGUUCAUGUGUUGAGGGCUGCUCAGGAGCCGGCUACCACUGUCCAGAGCUCCAGUUGAAUGGAUCGGUGUCCCUUGGCCAUUACACCACGGUGUUUCAGGCUGAGGUCGCUGCCAUUACGCUGGGCACCCAAAGACUGUUGGAGGCCGGUAUUGAGGGAAGGAAAAUACAAAUCUUUUCGGACAGCAGAGCUGCAAUUCUCUCCAUAUCGGGCUGGAGAUCGCGAUCUGCUCUUGUCGCGGAAUGCCAGGAGGUAUUGGAAUUGACCUUGCGGCAAUGCGAGGUUGAUCUAUACUGGGUACCUGGACACCAAGGAAUUGAAGGCAACGAAGAAGCAGACCGCCUUGCAGUUGAGGGAGCAGGGGUUGACUUCGUUGGACCUGAACCAGUAGUCGGACUAUCCUCACAAAUGAGGAAGUCAAUUAUAUUAGAAGAUAUGAUCAAGGCUCAUCAGGCGGAGUGGACAGCGGCAAACACGUGCCGCGUGUCCAAACUGUUUAUGACCGAAAUUAACAGGAAGCGAACGGAUUAUAUUGUGUGUGGCAGCCGCUGGAGAGCACAGCGGUUUGCCAACCUUCUAACCGGUCACUGCCUCAAUAAACAUCUAAAUAGGAUGGGCAUUCAAUGCAACAUAAUAUGCAGAGGAUGCAAUGAAUCUGAGGAGACGGUCACACAUCUAGUGUGUGACUGCCCUAGCUUGUAUAAUCUGAGGCGGAUGCUGCUUGGUAAAGCAAUACUGUCUCAGAAUGAGUUAUCGGGGUUAAAACCAGCCUGUUUGAUGGAAUUUGUCCGGAGAACUGGCUGGCUUGACACACCCCGCCCUUAAUUAGGGUAGUCUAGGGGAUGCAUAAUGGGCCCAAACAGAGGCCUGGGUG